AUGGCGGACAUCUUGAAGUCGGUGAAGCGCAUCGUCGUGAAGGUGGGCUCCUCGAUUCUGGUGGACAAUCAGGAGAUUGCCGCGCACCGGAUCGAGGCGCUAUGCGCGUUUAUCGCCGACCUUCAGACCAAGUAUGAAGUCAUCCUUGUCACCUCCGGCGCCGUCGCCGCGGGGUACACGAAAAAAGAGAUGGACAAGUCGUAUGUGCCGAACAAGCAGGCACUCGCGUCGAUGGGGCAGCCACUGCUCAUGCACAUGUACUACACCGAGUUCCAAAAGCACGGCAUCCUGUGCGCGCAGAUGCUGCUUGCUGCAUAUGACCUGGACUCGCGGAAGCGUACCAUCAACGCCCACAACACCAUUGAGGUGCUCAUCAGCCACAAGGUAAUCCCCAUCAUCAAUGAAAACGACGCGACAGCCCUUCACGAGCUGGUUUUUGGCGACAACGAUCGUCUGUCCGCGCUCGUCGCGCACCAUUUCAAGGCGGACCUCCUUGUCAUUCUCAGCGACAUCGACGGCUACUACACCGAAAAUCCGCGCACCUCCACGGAUGCCAAGCGGCGCCCUGUCGUCCACGAACUUAGCCCUGCCGAUCUUGUCGCAGAGGCUACCCCGAACAAUCGCUUCGCGACGGGUGGCAUUGUGACAAAGCUGCAGGCUGCUCAAUUUCUCCUGGAUAGGGGAGGGAAGAUGUACCUCUCGAGCGGUUUCCACCUGGAUAAGGCGCGCGAGUUCCUUCUGGGCGGGACGUACGAGAUAGGCACACUGUUUUAUCCAAGGGCCUCCUCGUCCUGA